AUGAAAAAAAAAGGGAAAAGCAACGAUGAAAAAAAACUAAUCCUGUACGACAUCAUGCUGGAGAGUGAAUCCUUUUUCAUACUAAAGGAGUUGGAGGCGCUUGCGCCAAAGAAGGGGAUCCGCUCCAUCUUCGUCAAGGACCUACUACAGCAGCUGGUAGAUGAUAACAAAGUCAAGUCGGAGAAGGUCGGCUUGCAGAACGUUUACUGGGUGCUCAAAACUGAGGAGUCCUCCACCUUGCAGAAUUCGUACCAGGAGAUGAAGGAAAAGAAGGAAGAGUAUGAAGAGAACGCCAAAAGGGAGAAGGAGGGCUACGAAGAAUUUGUGAACUCUUUAAACAUUUCGCAGGACGAACUGAGAGACAAGAUGGAAGAAGCCAAAACGCUAAUGAGCCAUUUAGAGAAGAAAAAGAAAGAGCUGGAAAAUGUGAAGAAGACGGAUAUAAAGCAGAUAGAAAAGAUGAAGAUGCAAAAUGAGUGCGCCUUGGAGUCCAUUCAGAGAUGGAACAACAACAUCUCCUUGGUGAAGCAGUGGAUCCAGGACAGAACGAACAAACCCGCAGACACGGUCGAUAGGCUGCUGGGAAUGGAAAAGAAGGAAGAGUAUGAAGAGAACGCCAAAAGGGAGAAGGAGGGCUACGAAGAAUUUGUGAACUCUUUAAACAUUUCGCAGGACGAACUGAGAGACAAGAUGGAAGAAGCCAAAACGCUAAUGAGCCAUUUAGAGAAGAAAAAGAAAGAGCUGGAAAAUGUGAAGAAGACGGAUAUAAAGCAGAUAGAAAAGAUGAAGAUGCAAAAUGAGUGCGCCUUGGAGUCCAUUCAGAGAUGGAACAACAACAUCUCCUUGGUGAAGCAGUGGAUCCAGGACAGAACGAACAAACCCGCAGACACGGUCGAUAGGCUGCUGGGAAUGUAA